AUUGAAACUGGCAUAAGCUGAACAUACUUAAUUCACUCACAGUCGGACACGCGCUUCGACCGACCCACACGAGCUUCUCAGCAAUGGCAGAGCAUCGGAACCCGCUGCUGCUUCCGGAGAAGAAGGAUCCCCGGGAGAGCUGCCCUGGGUGCAAGGUCGACCGCCUCAAGGAAGAGCAGAGAGGGAUCCCCUACAAGAACUUGUCCUACAUUUGGCUCGUCAUGCUAUGCAAUGCUAUGCCGAUAUCGUCUCUGUUCCCGUUCAUUUACUUCAUGAUCAGAGAUUUUCAUAUUACAAAAAGGGAGGAAGAUAUCGGUUUUUAUGCUGGAUUUGUGGGAUCUUCUUUCAUGGUCGGUAGAGGCCUUACAUCCGUGUUUUGGGGGAUGCUGGCAGACCGAUACGGUCGGAAACCAGUCAUUUUGAUUGGGACAUUCUCAAUCGCGAUCCUCAACGUUCUCUUUGGGCUCAGCACGAGCCUCUGGAUGGCACUUGUUACUCGGUUUCCUCUUGGAUGCUUCAAUGGUCUAGUUGGGACAGUAAGGGCGUAUGCUACGGAAAUUUGUAGAGACGAACAUCGAGCUCUGGCACUAUCAGUUGUCAGUACAUCCCGAGGCAUCGGACUAGUUAUUGGGCCCGCCAUUGGAGGUUUCUUUGCCCAGCCUGCAGAAAAUUACCCGACCAUAUUCGCUGAAAGCUCUAUAUUCGGGAGGUUUCCGUACUUCUUACCAUGCCUUUUGAUAUCCGUUUAUGCUUUUGGAGUGUUUAUUUGUUGCUGGUGGCUGCCGGAAACCUUGCACAUGCAUAACCACAUGGAAAAGAAGAAACCCGACUCGAUUGAUCUGGAAGUUUCUUCCGGUGUAUCUGAUGGAACUGGGAUCCCAACCGAAGUCGAAGGACACAAAUGGUCUUCCAAGGCUAGUUUAUGGAAGAAUUGGCCUCUAAUGUCCACUGUCAUCGUAUUUUGUGUUUUCUCGCUUCAGGAGAUAGCUUAUAAUGAGGUAUUCUCAUUGUGGGCAGUUAGUGACAAGAAGUUCGGUGGACUAAGCUUUUCAUCACAAGAUGUUGGUGAAGUUCUGGCAGUCUCAGGGCUUGGUCUUCUACUAUUUCAACUUCUGCUGUACCCACCAGUGGAGAAAAUUCUCGGGCCGACCACAACCACUCGGCUUUCAGCUGCUAUAUCCAUUCCAAUCCUUGCAAGUUACCCUUUCAUAAGUAUGAUGUCAGGAUUGAUCCUCCACAUAGCGAUAAACUUUGCAACGAUGUUGAGGAACUUACUUUCUGUUUCUGCCAUCACUGGAAUAUAUAUAUUGCUCAACAAUGCCGUGCCCCAACACCAAAGGGCAGCUGCUAAUGGAUUUUCAACGACUGCAAUAUCUAUAACCAAAGCAUUUGGCCCGGCCAGCGCAGGUGCCCUCUUUUCUUGGGCACAGAAGCGACAAGUCGCGUCCUUUCUGCCUGGCGAUCAGAUGGUGUUUUUCGUACUGAACUUGAUCCAGCUACUCGGUUUGGUCUUAACCUUCAAACCUUUCCUAGCACGGCACUGCGAAUGAAGGGGAGGAGAUCAUGUGAUCACUGCUUCCGGCAAAAGUCGAUGUUAAAGCGAGGCCAGAGUUGAUGCUAUAAUUAAGAAUAAUUAUGAUAAUUAUUUGAGUAAUUAAUAUUUAUUCUCUCGUUUGUUGUAAUUUAAUGUUUUAGAUAAUACAAAAUUUACAAAUGUAUGACCUAUGAAGGUUAUAUAAAGUUUAUGAAUUGGGCUGAUCAUUGGGCUAAUAGAACAAAAAUAUCGCUGAA